AAGCGAGGAGGAGGUUGGCCGGCCGGUCCGAGCGGAGAGUCCAUCUUCUAAAGACGGCGUCCGUUGCUCGUCUCCCGGCGCUCGGUGGCGCGGUAGCGAUGUCGUCUUUCCGUGCGGUGCGCGGCGAGUGUGUGCGUUAAGCUGCGUCGCCGGCGUGGCGCGCGCUCCUCGGCGCGUCCGGCCCCGCGUGUGAUAAUGACGGCGAGAAGAAGGGCGCGCGGCUGCUGCUGGAAGCGCUUCGGGGCGCUCAGCCGGAUCUGCGCGCUCGCGCUGCUCGUGCUCUCCGUGCACGGGCACACAUGUAAACACAGGGCUCCGGCGCCGUCCGAGGUUGUGUAUAAGGUGUACUUGAAGACUCCCAGAAUAACCAAGAGAAACGCCGAACACCAGUUAAGAAUAAAGAUCAUUUACGACGCCAGUGUGGAGAAGCUGGAUCCGGACAAAAGAGCACUGGUCAAGGACAAACUCUUUCCUCAAGCCAUCGAUUAUCUGCAGAAGGCGUUUCAAGUCCGUAGGCAAACUGGACCGUUGCUGCUCAGCAGGCAAUGUUCGACCAAUCAGUACUUCCGAAAGAAAGAUGACCCUCACCGCUACUGUCAGGGGUCGUGUGCGGAAGUCACACGAUGUGGACCCGUCAUUGUCCCUGAGCAUCAUUUGCAGCAAUGCACCGCGUGCAGUGAGACGGGGAAGCCGUGCGAUCCGGUGGGACCUCCUGAUGGUGAGGGUGUUGACGGUGCUGACUUUCUCCUGUACGUGAGCGGAGUGACCACUGAGCGCUGCGGCCAAGAGAAUGUUGUGGCUUAUGCUGCCUACUGCCAGCUGGAGUCUGAGCUUGACAGACCCAUUGCUGGAUAUGCAAACCUCUGCCCCAGUAUGAUCUCGACCCAGCCUCAAGAGUUUGUUGGCAUGCUCUCCACUGUCAAGCAUGAAAUAAUUCAUGCUCUGGGCUUCUCUGCUGGGCUGUUUGCAUUUUAUCACGAUGACAAUGGAAAGCCGUUAACGCAACGAUAUGCAGGUGGACUGCCGCCAUUCAAUGAGAGUUUGGGCCUGUACCAGUGGAGUGACAAAGUCGUACGGAAAGCCAAAAGAUUGUGGAACAUCAGUGGAAACACCAUGGUUUCGCACGAAGUCCACCUUUUAGUAACUCCUCGAGUAGUGGAAGAGGCCAGGAAGCACUUUGACUGUCCAAUCUUAGAGGGCAUGGAACUGGAGAACCAGGGGGGCCUGGGUACUGAACUUAACCACUGGGAAAAGAGAUUGCUAGAGAAUGAGGCAAUGACUGGAUCCCACACACAAAACCGGAUGUUUUCCAGAAUUACUCUUGCUAUAAUGGAAGACACUGGAUGGUACCAUGCCAAUUACAGCAUGGCAGAAAGGCUGGACUGGGGGCGGGGCAUGGGAUGUGACUUCGUAAUGAAAAGCUGCAAGUUCUGGAUUGAUCAGCAGCGACAGAAAAAGUUACCUCUGAGCCCAUACUGUGACAUGGUGAGGAGCACACCCCUCAAGCUCACUUGCAGACACGACCAGCGAGCAGUGGCAGUUUGUAAUCUGCAGAAGUAUAGCCGCCGUCUCCCCCAGGAGUAUCAGUACUUUGACUACAUCCCUGGCAUACCCACAGAGGACCUGCCCUUCUAUGGAGGUGCAGUCGAGAUUGCGGAUUACUGCCCUUUCAGCCAGGAGUUCAGCUGGCACCUCAGUGGAGAAUACCAGCGUGGUUCUGACUGCAGGGUCCUUGAGAAUCAGCCUGAUUCCUGGAGGAACUAUGGUGCUGAGGAGUACGGUCCUAACUCAUUAUGUCUGUACCAGAAGUCAGCGUUUGUCAUGGAGCAAUGCACACGGCGCAUGAGCUACCCAGACUGGGGUAGUGGCUGCUAUAAGACCACGUGCUCUGCUCUGGGACUGACUGUAUGGGUUCAAGGCAUGCCCUUUCACUGCUUCUACACAGGACAGCUUUUGAAGAUUAAUGUACGGGUCAACACCUGGGUCUACAGUGGAGAUUUGGUUUGCCCUGCUUGCUCCAGAUUCUGCAGCUCUUGCCCUCUUCCACAUGAGCUUCCGCCUCUCAAUGCUUCCCAAAGCAUUCCCAUAGAUCCUUGUUCAAGCUCUUCUGGUUUAGUCGUCACACUCUGGUUACUUCUGGCCAACCUUGCUCCACUGUUUGCCGGAUUCAUCCUGUGUGUGUGGAACUGAGCCUGAGCUGGGAGUGAGGCCACGGACAGGAGCUGCCUGGACCACAUCACUGCCACGGGCUUCCCAGGACUGGAGAUGGCACCUCAGUGCCACAGGUGAAGAGAAGCUGUUUACUGUGUGUCCAGCUGCCUCCAGUGAGGCUCUUUACCUAAGCCUGCUGUAAGAGGGAACAAAAAGCCAUCACACUCCUUUUGUGUCCACCUAAUAAGUGCCAGAAUACGCUGAUCAGCCAAAACAUUAAAACCACUGACAGGUGAGGUGAAUGACAUUGAUUAUCUCAUUACAAUGGCACCUGUCAAGGGAUGGGAUAUAUUAUGCGGCAAGUGAACAGCCAGUUCUUGAAUUUGAUGUGUUGGAAGCAAGAAAAAUGGGCAAGAGUAAGGAUCUGAGUGACUUUG